GCUCAGACACACUGCCGGGCCACACAUACUGACCUGGCUAUCAUUAAGAGCGAUGACGAAAUGGUCCAACUGCAGAAUGAAGCACAGAGACAACAGUUCAGAUCCAGUGCUUGGAUUGGACUGUGGAACGACAUCAACAGCUGGCGCUGGUCCAUUGGAAAUGAGCCACUGGGAAAUCUGAUAAACUGGUAUCCAGGGGAACCGAACAAUGUGGGUGGACAUGAAGAGUGUGGUAUGAUAAAUGUGCUCGGUUUUUUUGACACAGACUGUGCUGGGAAAUUACCCUUCGUUUGCUUUGAUGCACGUAGAAGUGGCAGUGAGAGCUACAUUUACGUCUUGAAUCAGAUGACCUGGCCUGAAGCUCAGAGCUAUUGUAAACAGCACCACACAGACCUGGCCAGCGUUCCAGACAGAACAGUGUCCUCCAUUAUAAUGCCACUGAUCUCUGGGAACACUUACAUCGGUCUGUUCAGGGACUCCUGGAAGUGGACGGACCGAUCCAAUGUCUCAGUCAUCAGGUGGAUGACUGGACAGCCUGAUAAUGGAAAGGGUAAUGAAAACUGUGGUUAUUUGGAUAACGGUCAGGCUGCUGAUACACAGUGCUCAAUGACCAUGCCUUUCUUCUGUUACUCAGAAAUAAGAAAAAAAAUGCAAGUCAUAAGAGUGAAGGUCCAGUCCGGUCAGGAUGUGAACAAUCUGGACAUAAAGUCAGCCGUCGUUGAGCAGAUCAGACAGAAACUGAAGGAUCAUGGGAUGGCGGAGAACACCACAGUGAAGUGGAGAGAGCAACCAGAUGGAGAAGAGUUUUAUAAAGAGAAAGAGAGGAGUGUGAAGUAAAGUCACACACAGUGAGGGGUUUAUGAUAAAGUCCUGCUCUUUUUAAACAACAGUCCAUUACAUUCGUAUUGAUCUCAUCACUCACUUUAACUGAGAUUAUUGCAGAUAAGAACAUCAAAUAACAUUUAUAUAUAUAACAUGAUCUAUCUAUCUAUCUAUCUAUCUAUCUAUCUAUCUAUCUAUCUAUCUGUCUGUCUGUCU